AUGGAAACAGAGAUAAAUAAUCAGAUUCAUCAAGGUAAUCUGUUCAAUUUUAUUGACAUUGGGAUUAUCAACAAGAACAAUUCUUGUAAAGUGAACUCUUUUCUUAAGGUUACUUGCUUUGAAAUUCCAAAUAAUAUCGUUAAAGACUCUAAUCAUCAUGCAUUUCCUUAUCGUUUCUUAAACAAAACUCUUGCAAAUGGAGAAACAUGCAAAAGAGACUGGUUGUGCUUGAGUGUUGAAAAACAAUCUUUGUAUUGUGCACCAUGUUUCCUUUUGAACAAAAAUGCUGCAAAUGUGUCAUUUUUCUCUAGUUCUGCCGGAUGGGGCAUCAGUAGAGGUUGGAGAAGAUUGAAAGAUCGUAUUCCGUCGCACGAAAGUUCAAUUUACCAUAAAGAAAACUAUGUUGUAUGGAAAUCUGCUAAACUUUUUGGUUCUAACCAACGAAUAGGUGAUCAAGCGAAUGGAAACUUUUUAGGUAUUAUUGAGCUUCUUAGCAAAUAUGACCCAUUUUCAGCUGAGCAUGUUAAACAUGUUCGAGAAUCACAACAGUGUAAGCAGCGAAUGCAAGCUCAUUAUCUUUCAACACGAAUUCAGAACGAAUUUAUUGAUAUUUGUGGUUCACAUGUUCAAACAGUAAUCCUCCACAAAAUUGUGAAAGCAAAAUAUUUUUCAAUAAGAGUUGAUGCUACUCCAGAUUGCUCGUACAAGGAGCAAACUACUCUGGUUAUUAAUUAUGUUAAAAUUUUAGAUAGUUCAAACUUUUCAGUUGAAGAAAGAUUUAUUUUAUUUGACAAUUUUUCAAAAAAACUGGAAGAGAAAUCGCUGCUCGAACACUAG